AUGACUGUUCCCAAUGUUGGAAUUUCUUUAAGAGAAUACCAAGAUACCCAUCCCUUAGGCAUAAGGAAUUAUUCAUCUAUUUUUAGUAAAUUAAUUCCUGGUUCAGACAAUUUACUCAAGAUAAGCGAAUAUACUGAAGACUUACAUAGUUAUGAUUUGGUUUCUUUGAUUCUAUUGACAGGUUCUAAUGAUACGAUAAGAAGAAAAAAUGAAAAUCUUCCAAAAAUUUGAUAUUUUUGGAAAAUCCUCUAUAAUCAUAUUAAUUUUCUUGGCUCUCAAAAAUCAAUUUACUAGACUAUUAUUAAUAGGAUCCUAAGAUCGAGAACUCUGCCAGGAACCAAUUGAAUCUCUGCAGUUUGAUAUUGAAUAUUAUGAACCUACCUAAUUAGAUUAAAUUUAUGAAGAAUUGUAAAAAAAUUUCUUCAUUAGGAAAAGUUGAAAGGGUAAUUAUUAAUUGAUUUUAUAGAAAAUAUCAAUAGCAGACGAUAAUUCAACUUCAGCUCUUACAUUGUCUAGAAAUCUAUAAAAUCUACAAAAUUAGCCUCUUUCUGCAUUAAUAGAAAUAGUAAAAUAUCGAAUCGUAAUUUAACGAGGUACGUAAACAGAUCCAAUAAAGACUAGGAAUUAUAUUAGGAUUAAAUUUAGAAUAAAUAAAAUUUUUGGAAUAAAGACUUCUAAAAAGCAUUUAUAAGAGUUGUUACAAUUAAAUAAUUGGAAAGUUAGAAUAAACUGAUAAUGAUAACUUAUUCCGACUAAAACCAUAGAACCAAUGUCAUUAGUGUAAGUAAUUAUAAUUCCAGAAUACCAUUUUAAUAUUUUGUCAAGAAUUAUUAUUAAAAUUGGUAUCCAAUGUAUUAUCUAUGAAUCAUAUUGAACAGAAUGAAUAAAUUUAAGGUUAUCCCUUUAAGUAUAAUUCAACAAUCCUGAGUUAAUAAUUAGCGAUGGAUAGUCAACUAACUUCCUACAUCCUAAUAAUAGAAAUGAAUUUUCUCUUCAGAUAUAGUCAAAAAAUUACAAGUUAAUGUUUCCUCCUCAAUAAUUUGGAGAUGCAUUGUUACUCUUCAACCGGUAUUGCCUAAAAAUCAAGAAAAACUAAAUCAGAAUUUCGAUGA